GCAUUUCCAACAUGGCGGCUCCCCAGGAUGUCCACGUCCGGAUCUGUAACCAAGAGAUUGUCAAAUUCGACCUAGAGGUGAAGGCGCUUAUCCAGUGUUCCAGCUAUUCUGCUAAGUGUUCUACACAGAGAAAUACCAUCUUGACGUAGGUAAGGUGAAGAAAUGGAGGCACAGAGAACUGAAGUUUUCCAAGACUGCACUAAUAAAUUGCUAUACGCAGGAUUUGAAUAUAUGUAGCUUAAGUCUAGAACCUGCUCUAAAAUUUGGCUCUCAUAAUUCUGACUUUCUUUCCAGAAGCAAAUUCUCAGUUCAUCUUUAAACGUUUUUGACUUGCGACAGAUGGUUUGUAAAAAUCAGACUAAAUUAACUUUGUUACAGGUCACUAGGGAUUUAGUUGGAAGGAUCUGAACUUACAGUAUUUUUUAGAUGUCUAUUUCUGUUGAACAUGGAAGCUGUUUAAGCCUUUCCUAGUGGCACUUUGUUAAACAUCUAAGACGAGGUUGAGGUUUACCUAUCUACACACACAAUGCAUAUGGAGUCUAUGUGCAUGCAGGGGUGUGUAUUCAUGUCUGUGUGCAUUUGUGCAUGCGUGCACAUGAGUCUCUCUCUCUCUCUCUCUCUCUCUCUCUCUCUCUCUCUGUGUGUGUGUGUGUGUGUGUGUGUGUGUGUGUGUUUUGCUGCUGUUGAAAGCCAGGGCUCCAAGUAUGCUCUGCAAGUGCUGUACUACUGAACUGUGCAUCCAGUCUGUUUAUUCAUAUUAGGCUCUCGGUGUUAAUCUUACAAGGAAUGAGGAAGCUGAAAAUGAGGAGUUUGCUCUUGUGUGGAGGAGAGCAGCACUGAGCAGGACAAGGAUAUUCGAGAUUGUUCUGGACCCUUAAGUGAGCUUACUGAACUGAAUACUAAGGUGAAAGAAAAGUUCCAACAGUUAAAACAGAGGAUCCAGGAGCUCGAACAGUCAGCAAGGGAGCAAGACAAGGAGUCAGAGAAGCAGCUUCUACUUCAGGAAGUGGAGAACCACAAAAAGCAGAUGCUCAGCAACCAGACCUCAUGGCGAAAAGCCAAUCUUACCUGCAAGCUUGCCAUCGACAACCUGGAGAAGGCAGAACUUCUGCAAGGAGGAGACUCCUUACGGCAAAGGAAAACCACCAAAGAGAGUUUGGCCCAGACCUCCAGCUCCAUCACAGAGAGUCUCAUGGGGAUCAGCAGGAUGAUGUCACAGCAGGUGCAACAGAGCGAGGAGGCUAUGCAGACUCUAGUCAGCUCCUCACGGACUCUCCUGGAUGCAAACGAAGAGUUUAAGUCCAUGUCGGGAACCAUCCAGUUGGGCCGGAAGCUCAUCACAAAGUACAACCGCCGAGAACUGACGGACAAGCUGCUCAUCUUCCUGGCCCUGGCCCUCUUCCUCGCUACAGUCCUUUAUAUUGUGAAAAAGCGCCUCUUUCCAUUUUUGUAAGCGAGAGCUGCCAGCUUUGGCCUGUGCACGCCUGCUCCAGGAUCCGGGCCGGGAUCUCAAGGACUAGCCGGGCUGCCAAACUGGACUUCCCCUCUCCCUCGGGGGCUCGGUGAACCUAACAGAGGGAAACACAGCAGCCCAGCCUCCUGCCAGAGGGCUUGGCAAGGGUGUGUGGAAUAGAGGAGCCGGGAACCUUCAGGAUGGAGGCACUCCAGCUCCCCCGGCUUCCAAGGACUGCGGCUGCCAUAGAGAGCACAUUAACGCCGGGACUUGGUGUACCUCCUCUCACCAUGUCCAGAGGCCUGAGCGCUGGGCCUGUGGAGGGAAGAGAGGAGAGGCCAGCGGGAGGGAUGGCUGUUCCCUGAAUAAACCUCAUUUAUUUAAUAGAGUGGUAAAUGCUUAACAUUAGAAGAUAUCCCUUCGGUUAA